AUGUCUAUUCCAAUUUCAAUAGAUUUUUAUUGGAAAUUGAAUAGUUCUGGUAGUGGUGAAUCUGACCAAGAAUCUUUCAACUUCAAGCAAAACUCUGAACAAAAAGAAUUUUCUGACUCUGAUCAAAGUUCUUCUGGUUCUGAACGAAGACUUUCCAAAUCUGAUCAAAGAUUUUCUAAAUCUGAUCGAAGACCUUCUAAAUUUAAGCAAAGAUUUUCCAAAUCUGAUCGAAGUUCUUUAAAACCUGAACAAAAGUCCAAAUCUCGACAAAGAACUUCUACUCAUCAACAAUCACAUAAGAGGACACAAAAAUAUUUUAAUGUUAAAGACAUGCCUAAAAGCUUUAAGGAAGCUUUGAGAAUUUCUAAGACAGAUACUGAAGAUCCUGAUAGAAAACACAAGAUUGCUGUUAAAAAACUAAAUUGGCGUUCAUCAACUGAGCAAACUGCACCAUUUCAUGCACCAAAAUGGACAAUUGGAAAUUAUCAAGGAUAUCUGAAGGUCAAAGUUGAGAAGGUAAGACGAAUAGUUGUGAAGUCUGGUGGAGGUGUUAAGUGGUGUACAGUGACAUUUGGCAGUGUAUAA